GGACAGGAUUACACGCCAAAUAUUUCCUGGGAAGUGAAAAGGAAGAUAGAAACAGAGCAGUCAAGCAGAGGAGCAACAGAACCAUGGACUGAAUGAAAGUGUCUGCCAAUUUGCCAACAAUGGCUGACCAGGAAGACAUCAGCAAGCUGGGAGGACACUGGAACAUGUCGGACAGCUACCAGCGCAACCCAGCAGCGCUGAUCGUCUCGGUGGUCUUCUCCCUCAUCUUCCUGCUCGGCACCGUCGGGAACAUCCUGGUCCUGGCCGUCCUCCUCAGGAACGGGCAGAUGGGACACAACACCACCAAUCUAUUCAUCCUCAACCUCAGCGUGGCCGACUUCUUCUUCAUCAUCUUCUGCGUGCCCUUCCAGGCCACCAUCUACUCACUGGAGGGCUGGGUCUUCGGCUCCUUCAUGUGCAAGGCUGUGCAUUUCUUCAUCAACCUCACCAUGUAUGCCAGCAGCUUCACCCUUGCCACCGUCUCUGUUGACAGGUAUCUAGCAAUCCGCUAUCCCCUGCGCUCCAGGGAGCUGAGGACACCGGUGAACGCUGUAGCCGCCAUGGCGGUGAUCUGGGGCCUCUCGCUGGUCUUUGCCGGGCCGUACCUCAGCUACUAUGGGCUCAUUGACUUCGCCAACGGCAACGUGUGCGUUCCCAGUUGGGCGGAGUCCAACCGGAAGGUCCUGGACACAUGCACCUUUGUUUUCGGUUACGUCAUCCCCGUACUCAUCGUCAGCCUCUCAUAUACCAGAACUAUAAAGUACCUCUGGACUGCCGUGGACCCUCUCGAUGGCAUGUCUGAUUCCAAGAGAGCGAAGCGCAAGGUGACUAAGAUGAUCAUCAUUGUCACCGUGCUCUUCUGCAUCUGCUGGCUCCCCUACCACGUCGUCAUCUUGUGCUACCUCUAUGGUGACUUCCCCUUCAACCAGACCACCUACGCCUUCAGACUACUCUCCCACUGCAUGGCCUACGCCAACUCCUGCCUCAACCCCAUCGUCUACGCCCUGGUGUCCAAGCAUUUCCGCAAGGGGUUCAAGAAAGUGUUUAGCUGCAUCCUCAGUAAGAAAGGCAGGAACAGGGUGCACGUCAUGCAUGUGGUCAACAUGGCUCCCGGGUUCGAGGCUGCGUCGACGGAGGUUUCUCAGAUGAAUGAGGAGAACGCUCAGCCCAACGGCCACGAGGUGGCCGAUUCUCCCGUCGCUCCCCAGGUAGCUCCGCUGACUGUCACUUUGCCGUUCCAGAGGACGCCAUCAGAAAAACUCAAAUAAGAUAUGAGGCCACUGCGGCACAAAGGAACAUGCCGAACUGAAAGUGGCAGAACAUGUGACAGUAGUUUGUGAUGGUCUAGUGUGACAAUAUUUCCAACAGGUUUGUUCCAUUUUUCACAUAUUAUGCAACUUCUGUAUAAUGAAUAGCUUAUUAAACUGAACAACUUUGGCAUGCCAACAAUAACCGUAUUUUUAUCUUUAAAUGAAAUUUCUCUGCAAUGGCAUUCCUGAAAAUGUUACAUUAAUUGAAAAUUCUACUAAUUACAAUGACCACUAUGAUACAUUCUAAAUUGUUUUGGUACUUAUGCUUAUAUAUGUUUCACCAAUAAAACUGGAUUCAAUGACAAAUUGGAACAGAAUCGGAGAUCUCGCCGUCUUCUGAUCAAUCUGUCCAAGAAAAUCUGGCCAUCACAUGAAAAAAACAACUCUUAUUAUUUAAAUGAAAUGUUCAAACUA